AUGAAGUCAAAUUCGGCAAAUAAAAGCAUUUCAACUAAUAAUCGUCAAGGAACAGGAUGGAAACAUGUUUCUGGUAAAUUAAAAUACAUCAGUUGUGGUGCAUUGGGAUGCUGGGGUGUAAAUGUUAAUGACCGAAUUUUUUACCGUUCCGGGGUAUCUGCGCAAAAUUGUGCUGGAACAAGUUGGACUCAUAUCGGAGGAAGUCUUAAGCAAAUCGAGACUGGGGCAGCUGGUGAUGUAUAUGGAGUAAAGAGUAACAACGUGGUCUACCGUCGAACUGGCAUAACUACAGCAUCUCCAAUGGGCUCAGGUUGGAUAGUUACUUUGUCGUAUGCUUCAUUUGUGACCACUGGCCUCAAUAAUAAGUAUGUCUUGGUUAAUGGAAAAAUUUUUGAAUCUCGAGAUCAAACGAAGCCCUUUCCUUGAAAAAAAAGAACAUAUUUGGCUGUGACGGAAUGGAAAAAUUUUGAUUUAGUUUUGGCAUUAAGUAUCAUUUAUUUCUAAUGUUUUCUGCGGUUUAGAUAAGUAGUAAUGUAUACAGUACAUGUAGUUUUCUCUAUUUUUGAUAAAAAUAUAUAACGUACGGCAAGCAA